AUGGAUUUUGGUCGCUCUUUGGAGCUCCUCCACAUGACGGUGUUCAGUCAGUGCUUCUCUCCAUGUGGAAAAUAUUUGGCUGUUGGGAACAACCUGGGUCAGAUUGGGGUGUUCAGCCUCUCCUCCGCUCUUAGCUCUGAGGCCAAGGAACAGAACAAGGAGCCUGCAGCGGUGUUCCAGGCACAUGCGGGUCCCAUCUACUGCCUGAGCUCUACAGAACGUCACCUGAUCAGUGCCGGGGACAAUGAAGUGAAGGGCUGGCUGUGGACCGACCUGUGUAAGAAGGGCUGUGUGGCGUCAUGGAGCCGUGUGGCCCCCAGCAGGAACAAUCUAGAAACUCCAGAAAUCAACAGCCUGGUCCUGAACCCGAUGGACAAUUCUCUUCUCCUGGGAGGAGGCAGCUGUCACAUCCAUGUCAUGGAUCUGGAGACCGGAGCGUUUACUAUGGCGCUCCAGGGACACGAGGACUACAUCCACUGUCUGGCAUUGCGGCAGCAGCAGAGAGAGUGUGUGUCAGGGAGUGAGGACGGCUCAGUCCGGCUCUGGGAUCUCCGGAACGGAUCACAGACACACAAGAUCGAGGUGUAUAAAUAUGAGGAGUGCGCCCGGCCCCAGUACGGGAAGUGGAUCAGCUGUCUGGCCACGGACUCAGAUUGGAUGGUGUGUGGUGGGGGCCCCAUGCUUUCUUUGUGGCAUCUUCGUUCUGUGACACCGACUACGAUAUUCCCCAUUCAGGACAGCCAGCAGCAAGUCAUGUUCUACCAGGAUCUGAUCCUCUGUGCCGGUCAGGCCCCGCACAUCAACCACUGCCAGAUCAAUGGAGAGAUCCGCGCCCAGAUCCCCUGCACCCCCUGCUCCAUCUACUCCCUGUGCAUCAAUGAGACCUCCCAGGAGAACAAGGUUCUCACGGCGGCUGGCAGCGGCUCUAAGAUCGAUGUGUUCACCAACUUCCGGUACCGCGCCUUCUCUCUGACCUUCACA